GGCUUGCUAAACGCAUUCAGACAGUGCCGCCAAAGAGCAGCAGUCACACACAGUUAACCUCAAGAGCUGGAAGUGUUUGUGAGUCAACGAAGCUUUACAAACUCACUGCCAGUGUCUGCUUUUGUCAGAGAUAGGCUAUAAAGAGUGAUUAGGUCGAGCUUAGUGAUCUUAAAAUUCACAGUAAAGUGAGCUAAAGGUCUCAACGCUCUCGUCUCCUCACCCUGGCUGCAAGACACCUGCACCCAGGAUGACUCUGCAGCCUUUAAAUCCAGUGAACUGCGAAGGUCUUCUGCAAACCGGUUGUUCUCUUCUACAUCUUGAUGGUGAAGUUCUCCUAUUUGGCCAGAAAGGAUGGCCAAAGCGCUCCUGUCCAACAGGCGUAUUUGGCGUGCACUUGAAACAUGGUGAGCUCAGGUUGAGAGCCAUAUCUUUCUCCAGUGACUCCCAAUACCUUCCUCCCUUGCGCUGUCCUGCUGUUUGCCGCCUUGAUCCACACGAUGGACUUCCGGAAAGUUAUCUCAUCCAUGGCGGCCGCACCCCCAACAACGACAUCUCAUCCAGUCUCUAUGCACUGAGCAUGGAUAGUCGUGGCGGCAAUCGCAAACUGACCCUGCGGUGUAAAGAGGAAGAAUUGGUCGGAGAAGUGCCAGGUGCCAGAUAUGGUCACACAGUCAGUGUGGUUCAGAGCAGAGGGAAGACUGCCUUCGUAGUUUUUGGUGGAAGGUCCUACAUGCCCGCAAAAGAGAGGACCUCAGAGAACUGGAACCGUGUCAUUGACUGUCCUCCUCAAGUGUUCUUGUUUGACAGGCAGUUUGGUUGUUGUUCUGCUUAUGCUUUUCCAGAGCUGACUGACGGACAGUCUUUCCAUGUGGCCCUUGCGAGAGAGGACCAUGUUUACAUCCUCGGGGGUCACUUUUUGAAAUGUGACGGCCGACCACCUCGGCUCUUUUGUCUGCACGUCGAGCUCCUCCAAGGUUGUCCAUUAUUGUCAUGUGAGCUUCUCGAUUUUGGUCUAUCCAUCUCAAGUGCUAUCAUCACUCGAACAGGCCCCGCUCACAACUAUAUUAUCUUGGGAGGAUAUCAAUCAAAGUCUCAGAAAAGAAUGGAGUGCAGCACUGUCAUUCUGGAUGAGAAGGGGAUUCACAUAGAACCUCUUGAACCGCCAAAAUGGACCCCAGAUAUCAUUCACAGUCAAACUUGGUAUGGCGGUGCUGCAGGGGAACAAAGUAUGUUGCUAGCUGUGCCAAGUGAGGGCAGAUCGUGCCAAACAAAUAUGCAAUACUUUUACCUCGUAAACUUCCAGAAAGUGGAAGACGCCAAAGAAGGCAUACAAGCCCAGCAGGUUUGCAGCCAGGAGCUGACAGAUUAUGACAAUUCUACUCCUCUAGAAGAGUCAGACGAGCUCUAUUUUGGUCGUGAGCCGCAAGAAUUGGAUGGGAGUAGUGAAGGUGAAGAUAAUAGCUACAAUGAGAAAGAUGAGGAGGAUGAGUCACAAUCAGGCUACUGGAUCAAAUGUUGCCAUAGUUGCCAGCUGGAUCUCAAUACAUGGGAGCCGUAUUACACCACUGAGCUCCAACGACCAGCCAUGAUCUUUUGCUCCACAGGAGAGGCCGGGCACUGGGUCCACGCUCAGUGCAUGGAGCUGUCUGAGACACUGCUCCUAACACUCUCCCAGGGCAACAAAAAAUACUUCUGCCUAGAUCAUGGCGGUCUUCCGAUCCAGGGGAUGACCCCACCUCAAAAGGUCAUGCCACAAACACGUCCCCCUUUAAAAGUGAAACUGAGGAAACCCCAGACAGCUUUCAAGAUGUCCAGAACCAAAAAAAGUGUUUUCAGAAGACUUUUUGAUUAAGACGUUUCAUUGAGGUUGUGAAGUGACAGCCGAGAAAGAUCUGUGUUAAAUUUGUCUUUGUCACAGAGAGCAGGAGUCACUGUCCAUUUUGAAGAUGACAGCUGCUUCAUGAGCGAUGAUUAGAUGAAGCGCUUGCAGUUUGAAACGCAUUUCUGAAACUACAAAUUACCUUUUAUAACAUAACUACAAGAAAAUCAGAUACAUAUCAAUAUGCAACACUUUUUUUCUAUAAAUGUCUACUAUUGUUCAAAUUUUCAAACAAUCACUUCUACAAUAUUCCAACUAUUAACUAUUUUCAGAAAAGGUUUGCGGGCAGUUGUCUUUGGAGGCCCGCCGGCACCAAUUUGGUGACCCUUGAAGGAGGGAGUAAAAAUAAAAAUCGGGUACAGACAAAUACAAAACUGAAAUAUUAAAGUCACUGUACAAAUUGAGUGUUAAAGCUAAGAAAUCGGUGUCACAGGUGUGUUAAUGUCUAUCAGUAAGUGUUUUCUUCUGCAUUUAUGAUUAUUCCAAUAGAAACUAUGGAAAUGAGACUUUGCCGCUUGUUUUUCUUCGCAGCUUUUUAAUGGCCCUUGUGUUGUGUUGUUGUUGUGUAGUUAAGUCAAAAUUGUUUCCUUUGGUUCAAACAGAAAAUCAAUGCGCAAAAUGAAUUGUGACAAAACAGUUUACGUGUCCUCACAAAAAAAAUAUUAAAAAAUUCAAUCGAAACAUAAACAAAAUCUAUUUUGCCUUUAACUUUCUGGAAUGAUUCAAAUAGUAACACCAGAAAAUAAUCUCAAAUGGAUGUUAAUAAUAAAUUUACAUACAUUUGACCCAGCAUUGUGUCAUGAAACUCAAUUUGAAUCGUUUUUGUUGACUUUCUAGGAACCCCGGUGUGCAACUUGAUUUUGUGUAAAAGGGAUCUAUGAAAUUGAAAUCUCACACAGUGUUUUUGAUUAGAAAUUGUACAUUUUCAGUCCUGCUGGUGUUGAUGUUGGAUCGUAGGAUUAACAAAUUGGAAGACAGUUUGUUUGCUUGUUUGUUUUUCCAAGUGUUUGCGAUUGGCAUCGGUAGGUGAAUGAGGAAUCGGUGUAAAGCAGUGUAAAGGCCGGGGGGGGCAAACUCGUUUUUUGUCACGGGCCACUUUGGAGUUACGUCUUCCCUCGAAGGGCCGUUAUGACAAUAAAACAAAAUAAAUGUAUAAUCGUCUCAUUGUAUUAUUACUGGUACACAACAAACUGAUGGAUAACUAGUUUUGAAAUCACUAUAGAUUGUUCAAUUAUUGUUCGAGUGUAAUCAGGGUAACAAAAUGAUUGCUAAAUCUCAAUGUUAUUUAUUACACCUGACAAUUUGACAUUUUGGUAGAUAUUUUACCAAAAAUCAUAGAAGUUGACACUCAUGAUUUGCUUUUGUGGGUUACAUAAAAUGAUGUGGCUGGCCGGAUCUGGCCCCCGGGCCUUGACUUAGACACCUGUGACCUAAGGUAUAAAAGUGUUCUAUUUAAGUGAUAGUGUGUAUGUUAUAAAAAGAAAGAAAAUAAAGAAAAU